UUCCUAGGUUUCAUCCUCCUCCCCCCAACCGUCUCGUCGUCAUCGCUCCGCAGCGCCGCCGCACGCUCCGGCGGGACGCGAUUUCUUCCAGAACCUCCUCGAACAACCCUACUCCCCCUCCCUCCCCUCCCCCCAAAUCGCUCCAGUCUCCGCCACCCCGCGCCUGCGCGGAAGCCCUACCGCCAUGAAGCCGGAGCCGGCCGACGUCUCGUCGGCACUCGCUGCGUGCAAGGACAAGUUGAAGCACUUCCGGAUAAAAGAGCUAAAGGAUGUCCUUCAUCAACUUGGCCUUUCGAGGCAAGGAAAGAAGCAGGAACUGGUGGAAAAAAUCGCAGCCCUAUUGUCUGACCAACAAGAUCAAGUAUCGCAAAUGAGUGACUUAGCAAAGAAAAUCGUGGCUGAAAAAGAAGCGGUGGUGAAAAUAAUCGAGGAAACUUUUAGAAAAAUGCACGAGCCUGCAAAUCCUGUUGCAGCCUCUAAGAACCAGAUUGAUCCAGUACACAGUGUAAAACCUAAAAAGAAAUCAAAUGAUUCUGCUCAAGUCGGUGUCAAGGUUCGUUGCCCUUGCGGUAACUCCACGGCCAAGGGGUCCAUGGUUACGUGCGUUGAUCCACAAUGCAACGUAUCGCAACAUGUUGGUUGUGUUAUCAUAUCUGAGAAGCCUGCAGACACUGGUCCUCCAGAUUUACCUUCCAACUUCUAUUGUGAGAUGUGCCGAAUUAGCAGGGCAGAUCCAUUCUGGGUCACUAUCAACCAUUUAUUACUUCCAGCAUCAAUAGCUCCUUCUAAAAUAGCUGCAGAUGGGUCAUAUACUGUACAGUAUCUCGAGAAAACCUUUCCAUUAUCAAGAGCUAAUUGGGAAAUGCUACAGAAAGCUGAAUAUGACAUUCAGGUUUGGUGUAUCCUUCUCAAUGACGGAGUUCCUUUUAGGAUUCACUGGCCUUUACACUCUGAUAUGCAAGUUAAUGGUAAUCAUGUUAGGGUUAUCAACAGGCAAGCUACACAGCAGUUAGGGGCCAAUAGUAGAGAUGAUGGUCCUGUAUUAACGGAUUAUUGUAAAGAAGGACCUAAUAAAAUUGUUCUAUCUAGAAGCGACUCCCGCACAUUCUGUCUGGGUGUCAGAAUUGCCAAAAGGAGAUCUCUGGAAGAGGUCCUAAGUUUGGUGCCUAAGGAACAGGAUGGUGAGAAGUUUGACCAUGCUCUUGCUCGUGUGCGUCGCUGUGUUGGUGGUGGAGCUGAGGCAGAUAAUGCAGACAGUGAUAGUGAUAUCGAGGUUGUGGCUGACACGGUCUCUGUGAAUCUCCGAUGCCCGAUGACCGGUUCAAGGAUUAAGAUAGCUGGUAGGUUCAAGCCCUGUGUUCACAUGGGUUGUUUUGACUUAGAAGCUUAUGUGGAACUUAAUCAACGUUCAAGGAAGUGGCAGUGCCCAAUUUGCCUGAAGAACUAUUCUCUGGAGAACAUAAUCAUUGAUCCUUAUUUCAAUCGCAUCACUUCUCUGGUCCAGAGCUGCGGAGAUGAUGUAUCUGAAAUUGAUGUCAAGCCUGAUGGUUCCUGGAGAGUCAAGGGUGGAACUGAACCGAAGGCUCUCACGCAGUGGCACUUACCAGAUGGUACUCUCGCUAAGGCCACCGAUAUAGGUUCCAAGCCCAACAUGGGUAUUGUGAAGCAUGAGAUGAAAGAGGAGGCUCUGUCUGAAGAUAUGGGUUGUCGCAUUAAGUUGGGAUUAAGGAAAAAUGACAAUGGCAAGUGGGAAAUUACCAAGAGAGGUGAUGUUAACUUGUUGCCAUCUUCUGAUAAUGACCAGACAGAGCACUUUGCAAGUGGGAACUCCAUCAGUCCUACAAGCAGCAAUGAUCACAAGAACACUGAAGAUUUGAGACCAGGACAAUAUGGUAACCCUGCUAGCAAUGUACAUGAUCUUGAUCCAGAACCAAGAGACCAGGAUAUAAUAGUUUUGAGCGACUCUGAUGAUGAUGAUGCCAUGUUGUUGGCUCCUGAUGCUUUAAAUUGCACCUCAGCACAUGACACUGGGGAUGACACUGGGGAUCCAUUUCCACCCAACCCACCUGAAACUGCAGGAACGUGCGAGGAACAACCUGGAGGAGGCCCAGAUGUAACUUCAUUUCUUGUGCUUAGUGAAGAUUUUGAUGAUCUGGGACUAUCAUUUUGGGAGUAUCCUUCUAAUCCCGCAGAUGAUCCUGUCACACAGUUGACUGAUAGUCCAGAUGAAGUACAGAACUACACUGCCAACCAUCAACUUCUGCAUGAGCCAGUUACUGGGGGUAAUUUGGUAGUAGCACCAGCAGCAAACUCACUGGAAGACGAGCAUGAUGGUGCGUUACAAGCAUCGCUUGGCCUCACUAGCACUGAUGAAAGCUUAAAUUCUGCCAAAAAUGCUUCUCGGAAAAGGAUGAACCCUGGAGAUGAAAUAGCAGCUUUCGAUGCUUCAGUUCUUGACGAUGACUUGCCUGGAGAGAGACCUGGUGGUACUUCCUCAUCGCCUCGGCAGCAACGUUCAGUUCGACCAAGAUUGAUAGUAACAAUUGACUCAGAUUCUGAGUAGCAUCUAUUAUGUCUGUAGUCUGGUGCUGAUGCUGACUCCUCCCUGGAACGAUCACAUAGGUUUCAUUUGUGAUCUAUCCUUCCCAGUCUUUGAAGAAGGACCUGAUGUUGGAGGAUGAAUAUAGGUCUGAGAGCUGCAAGCAGGCAAGAAGCAGUUUUUGUUUUCCUGGAGCUGAUCUGAUGUUGUAGGCCAGCCCUAGAAUUUCGCCAAGAGCAUCAUUGUAUAGAGCUCUAUUGAGUAGGCAAAUUUACUUUUGUAGCAUAGCAUUAGCAGGAAACUGUUAGUGUGUACAUACAUAUGGUUAGUUUUUUCCGUUCUUUAGAGAGUAACUAAUGUUUUCUGAAAGAACCAAAGGGAGAAAUGCAUUGCCUUUAAAUUUAGUUAUAUUUCAUCAUUAUUUAUCAUCA